CUCCGACUGUGAAAGAAGGAAGCUAGCUAGCUAGCGCCAUGGCCAGAACCAAGCAAACCGCUCGCAAAUCCACCGGUGGCAAAGCACCCAGGAAGCAGCUCGCCACCAAGGCUGCGCGCAAGAGCGCCCCGGCCACCGGCGGCGUGAAGAAGCCUCACCGUUACAGGCCCGGCACCGUGGCUCUUAGAGAGAUCCGUCGUUACCAGAAGUCCACUGAGCUGCUGAUCCGCAAACUGCCUUUCCAGCGCCUGGUGCGAGAAAUUGCCCAGGACUUUAAGACCGACCUGCGCUUCCAGAGUUCCGCAGUGAUGGCCCUGCAGGAGGCAAGCGAGGCUUACCUGGUCGGCCUGUUCGAGGACACCAACCUGUGCGCCAUCCACGCCAAGAGGGUGACCAUCAUGCCCAAGGACAUCCAGCUGGCCCGUCGUAUUCGCGGAGAGCGCGCAUAAACGAUGACCUGAUCUCCAAAAUCCCCCAAAGGCUCUUUUAAGAGCCACCUCCAUAUUUCAGUCAAAAAGGCACAAUUGUUCCAUUUGUACACGCCCCUUUCCCACCGUGUAUGUUC